CCAGGGCGCAUGAUACCCAUGAUGCGCGGAUCGGACGCCCGGCGUAAACCCGCCGUGACGCAGCCGAUUUCCGGCCACGGCUACGGCGCGGCCUCGCGCGCGCGGCGCGGCGGCGAGGCCGAGGCGGCGUCAUCGCCGUGUGACGAAAACGUGGCGCUCGAGAUGCACCGCGACGACCGCUGGACGAAGCACUUGUGCGCCUCCACCGCCACGCGCGUGCUCCUCGCCAUGGCGCUCUUCGGCAUCAUCGGCACCCUGCUCCCCGUGUUCGCCAUGCGACUGGGCGUUCGGGUCCCGCAAGUCGCCAAGACCGGCCCGAGGCGGCACGCGUUCACCGCCGUCGGCCUCGGCGACGGGCGAGAUCACGCCGCGAGGGGUGUUUCAACCUUCUCGGGUCGCGGCGUCGCCGGGCUCGGCGCGUACGGCGGGGAGACGUCGCUCAUCGGCACGCCCCUGAAGCCGUGCUCGGGGCCGGACCAGGCGGAGGCGACGGGGUGGGACAGGAGCGGAAGCUGCGCUUGGGACCCGACCGACUCGGGCUACCACGAGGUUUGCGUCCGGAUGGACGAGCGGUUCCUCGCCAACAGCGCGUCGGUGGACGGCAACGACCUGUCCUCCGUCGUGGGCCACGGCGAGCACUGGUGCGUGUGCGCGUGGGCGUUCGCCAGCGCCGUGGACAGGGAUCCCACCGGCAUGGAAGGCUUGCAACUCAUGUGCGAGGAGAGCAACGCGAAACUCCGGGACGUGUACCAGCACUACAUCGACGCCGGGGAGGGACUGACGGGCCCGACGGGGAACUCGUACGGGCCCACGGAGGCGCUCAACGCCGUCAACAGGCUGUGCCCCGAGCCCGACGCCAACUGGGACGUCAUCGCGCAGUCGGGUCUCAUGGCUGUGUGAAAAAAACUGACCCAGCCAGGCCGUGUAAUAAAACUAAAAUCGGGAUAAGCG